UGUCAACCCUAUAUUGUUUACAAUUUAUUGUGAAAAUCAAAAACUAAUAAAAAUGUCAGCCUUUGUGGUUAAAUUACUGCAGCGAACACUUUCACCCAGUCAAAAGGACGUAAAGCCUUUUAUUUAUGUCCGGAGCAACUGGAUGGACGACGAGGUAGAGUUUGACUUUCUGUCCACUUCUGAUAAUCAAAACUACCGGGGAAGUCUCAAAUACGAGGAGCUACGGAUUGCAGCCAGUGAUUUGGAUCAGGCAUAUAAUGACUUCUUUGCUGAGUGCAAAAAAGCCAUGACCACGCACAUGGGACUCCAAGGAUUCGACUACGAUCUUUCCAUGGAGAACGGCGAGCAACAAGUCUUCAAAAUGUACAAAUGCGAAGGAUACGAAACGCUAUAUUUUGAAAUUCCACUAAGGAAAGUUUCCAAUUGUUACCAAUUAUUGGAUGCAGCCAUAGAAGCUGGUCAACAGAAGCCUCAAGCACCUCCAGCCCCCGAAUCCGAUGUCCAGAAAACCGCAUCCCUCGCUGAGUAUGAAAAGUAUGUAAAGGAUUCCAAGUUGAAGGAGGAGUUACUUCUUCAGAAAUUCCUACUGCUGAUAAACAGUAAGAAGGCGUACAUCAGGGAUUUGGAGAGCCAGUUGGAAGAGCUAUCGAAGAAUCCCUCGAAAGAAAGAAAAAGUCAAAGGAUUUCGUCAGAAGACGAGGACGAAGCCUACGGAGCAGCCACUCAAGCCAUGAAUAUAGAUAAUGAUUCGGAUUAGAACCCAAAAGUACAUAAUCUAAAAAUCCCAUAUUCGGUAUGUGCUUGAAAUGUAUUUCCUUUUUGUUUUAGUUUUUUUCUUUUCGAUCGUUCGAUUUUGUAAAAUAAAUUAGCUUUAUAAUGUAUGUAUAUAUGUAUAAAUAAACAACAAAUAGACUUGUAACGUAAUACAUUAAA